GCAGGCUCUGCCCGGAUCUCUUGUUACGGCCGCCAUUUUAAUACUCGGGUCGCACCGCGUAGUAGUCAAUCUCUUUCCUUUGCGUCGGUGUGCGCGCGCUUUUUUUUUCCCUUUCCUUUCCCCCCGUUCGGCCCGUUCCCGCUAUGGAGGAGAACACCGACUACGGCAGUAGCAAUAACAACAACACAACCUCCGGCGGCGGUGGCGGCGGUGGACAGGAAGAGUUCGCCGAAGGCUCCAAGAUCAACGCCAGCAAAAACCAGCAGGAUGACGGUAAAAUGUUCAUUGGUGGUCUGAGCUGGGAUACGAGCAAAAAAGACUUGACAGAGUAUUUGUCUCGCUUUGGUGAAGUGGUGGAUUGCACAAUAAAAACAGAUCCUGUCACGGGGAGGUCAAGAGGGUUUGGGUUUGUGCUUUUCAAAGACGCUGCCAGUGUUGAGAAGGUCUUGGAAUUGAAAGAACACAAAUUGGAUGGCAAGUUAAUAGAUCCCAAAAGGGCAAAAGCUCUGAAAGGGAAGGAGCCACCCAAAAAAGUGUUUGUUGGUGGACUGAGUCCGGAUACCUCUGAAGAACAAAUCAAGGAGUAUUUUGGUGGAUUUGGAGAGAUUGAGAAUAUAGAGCUUCCCAUGGACACAAAAACAAAUGAAAGGAGAGGUUUCUGCUUCAUCACAUACUCAGAUGAAGAACCAGUAAAGAAAUUGCUGGAAAGCAGAUACCAUCAGAUUGGUUCUGGCAAGUGUGAGAUCAAAGUAGCACAGCCCAAAGAUGUAUAUAGGCAGCAGCAACAGCAACAAAAGGGAGGCAGAGGUGCUUCAUCUGGUGGGCGUGGGGGAUCCAGAGGACGUGGCAGGGGUCAAGGACAAAAUUGGAAUCAAGGGUAUAACAAUUACUAUGAUCAAGGAUAUGGAAGUUACAACAGUCCUUACAGUGAUCAAAGCUACAGCAGCUAUGGGGGAUACGAUUAUUCUGGGUACAAUUACCCAGGUUACGGCUACGGCCAGGGAUAUCCUGACUACAGUGGACAGCAAAGCACAUACGGAAAGGCAUCCCGAGGUGGCGGUAAUCACCAAAACAACUACCAGCCAUAUUAAAGAAAUACUUGGGAAGAAACAGCGGGAACUUCCUUGCAGGCCGUGUGUCACCCUGACCACGUCUAUCUCUGGGGGUCGCACGUUGCAGGCAGAGCGCAAGGCAUACACCAGAAAACGCUGUCCUGUGGUAUGGUCUCUUCCAACUUCAUGUACCAGCGUAAAGAUUAAAGUGGAAAACUUCAGACUUUGGCUUCUUUUUAAAAAUCUUUGAAGAUUUAAGUGUCUUAACUUAACUUAAAAUGGUUUUUUACAGGAGUUAAAGUGCAUAAAUGCCUUUACAGCUUAAUCAUUUUUGGCCUUCUGUUUAGUGUUGUAUAUCAAUUGUGGACCUCAUUUUAAGUGUUCGUUCUUUAAGAUUUAAUGCUUGCUUUUUUUCUUUUAUAGCUAUUAGUGAAAUCUACAAACCAAAACGAACUUUUAAAUCUUGGAACAUUAAAGAUCAUGUGCAAAUAGCAGCUUCUAUUUUAAUCACCUGGCUAACCAUAAUUUUCCUUGGUGUGUUGCCAUUUCUCUAUUUUCAUUAGCGGUUGAAGCAAUGAAAGAUUCUACCACAGCUUGGUUUCUAGUAAACCAAGAACUACUUUGCUGAGCUUCUACAGUUCCUUGACAUAGCUCCAUCAUUUGAGCUGAACUGGUCAACCGGGAUGUAAAAUAUAAAUUGGAUUAUCAAAAGUAUUUCAUGUUGACUGAUGCAUAUGAUCUUUAACGCUGAAACAAGGAAUAAAUAGAGGACUUAAAGCAGUUCAUGAAAAUGGACCUUUUAAAAAUUCUUCUAAACGUUGCACAGGUCUCAUAAUUAUUUUGUCUUGGUUUUAUAGGUAGAGACUACAGCAAAGCCAUCUUGCAGAACUUAAAAAGGACUUGACUGGAGGGUAGUCUUCGUGACAUGAAAUUGUUUUGUAAAAGACUUUUAGUGUAUGACACAGCAGUGUCUUAACUGUACAUAGUGACCGGCUAGUUUUCUUUAUGGUUUUUACUUUUUUGUCUUUUUGUCAUCUGUGUUACGAUGCCAAUGUGGUUCUUGUGUUUAUACAAUUUUAUUUGUAUUUCAUGUUGAAUGACUGAAAUAAAAAAAAACUUACCUUCUGUGACUGUUGGCAUUUUGAAGAGGGUGUGCUCUUGGCACUGCUGUGUAUAGUAGAAGAGGUGAACAGUUUUUGAGACUCGUCGCCAUGCUUCCGACAGAUGCUGGGACUUGCAGGUCAGCAGCACUGGAGUGUGCCAUGUUACGGAUAUGUACCUGGAUGUAGAAUAUUGCAGUGAGAGGAGGCUGCAAAAAUAGAAUGAUUUUUCAAGAGUAGUAUCCUGUGUUGUAAUGCCUUAUGAUUUGUUAUAAUCUUGUUAACUGCUGGGAAUCUUCAGUAUAGAAAUGUUAAUAAAUAAAUUUUCAUGCAUUGAAAUGACCACUUUGUGAUCACAUGUAAAUAGAGGCGAACCACAAACCUUAUUUAUGUAGCCAUCAACUUUGGUAAGAUGUUGAUAAAUAAUUGAGCUUUUUUUUCACAACUCGUUCUUUUGAGAAUAUAUUCUGAAUGUAUUGCCACUGAAACCUUUUGUUACUUCUAACCUUCUGCAAAGAUAAUGCUGAUAAAAUAUGACUGCAAAACCAAUUUAUGGAAGCAGGAUAAUGGGUGUUUCUGGAUAAUUAAUACAUCAUCACUAUGAAAACAGCACAAUUAGGAUUGUUUUUUAACUAUAAUUUUGUUGAAAUGUUUUUUGAAAAGCAGAUUAUCUAAAUAAUUCAGCUGGGCAAAUAUUUCAGCAAAGAAAAAAAUAAGAGCCUGAAUUAUGCAGAAAUUAUGUUACUUAAGGCAUAAGUAACAGAAAGAUUUUACACAAAAAAAACCCUGUAUCAGAUGAAUUUGAAGUUUCCUGAAUAGAAAAUUUAACAUGAUUUUAUCAGUCUUGAUAAAAUGUUGAUAUUAAGUCUGUUAUACAAAAAUGUAGCAUACUUGGGAAAGUUUGCAUAUCAAACUAUCAUUAAGAAUAUAAACACCUUCAAAACUUAACUACCUCAUUCAGGCUAAUUUUGUCUGUAAGCUUAAGAUUUAUUUUUAUACCUUU